AAAGAAAAGAGCGAAACCGGAAAAAGCCUCAGCCAAGCUGAGCGAUCUCCGAGACUCCCCCGCAAACAGGGCGAGGAGAGAACGUAGCCCUUCUUCAGCCCUCCGGAGCCGGAGCCGGAGCCAGAGCCAGAGCCAGAGCCAGGGGUAGAGAUGUCGGUCACCGCCAACCUCAGCACCACCAGGAAGAUGGUGCAGCAGCUCCGCUCUGAGCUCGGAAUCAAGAGGCUGAAGGUGUCUCAAGCAGCUGCAGAUUUGAAGCAGUUCUGUCUGCAGAAUGCACAACAGGAUCCAUUGCUGACGGGAAUACACCCAAAUACUAAUCCUUUCAGGCCGGCUAAACCUUGUUUGCUAUUGUAGCGGAAAUGUGAUUCUACUUUCUUAUGGUUUCUGGGUCUUGUGGGAAAUUCACCCUUGGUGCAUGUUCUGAAAACAAUGAAGAUGUUUACACUAAUCCUGAUUCUCAGUUGCCUUCAGACCAAUGGACAAGCCAUGUCGGAUCUGUUUUUGAAAGCCUCUUAAAAUCUGUGCCAACUUUCCUUACUGUCACUUUGUAAAUUGUCGGGUUCUUUGAUACUGAUUUACACUUACCUCAUUGAAGCAAUGGGGUGCCUAUCUGCCAUAUGUACAACUUUAGUUGCUGCUUGUGCACAAUCCUGUUUCUAGAAAGAUUUGUACACUGGUAGAGAAAAAAUUCAAUAAAGAUCCUAAGUGAUUUAUGUA